AUGACAAAAGCUAUACCAAAAAUUAUUUUAUGUAGGAAUAGAUGUAUUGGAUCAUGUAAGGGUGCACGUAGAAUACCAAAGGGAGUUAUUCAUGUUCAAGCAAGUUUCAAUAAUACCAUUGUCAUUGUUAUAGAUGUACGGGGUCAAGUAGUUUCCUGGUCCUUCGGUGGUACUUCUAGAUUCAAAGGAACAAGAAGAGGAAAACCAUUUGCUGCUCAAACUGCAAUAGCAAAUGCUAUCCGUACCGUAGUUGAUCAAGGUAUGCAACAACCAGAAGUCGUGAUAAAUGGUCCUGGUCUCGAAAGAGAUGCAAAAUUAUGA